UAAAGCCUAUCUGAUAGUAACAAUUUUUAUAGCUUCAUUUCAAGGUGUAACAGUGGUUGUCUUAAUUUUUGCAUAUCCGACACCAUUUUCUAUCCACGUUGUGGGUACCGUAUACUUUGGACUUUUGUUCUUUAUAUUUUACGAUGUUUGCUUUUUACUCACACUUUACGUUUUUCUCGCUUUGAGAGUUCAUUACAUAAAUGUGGCCAUAAUUAAAAGGGCUAAUUUAAACUCAGAACAUUUUCCAAAGCAAUUUUUAUUCGAUGGAUUAAUAUGGAAGAAAAAAUUCGACGAUUUGGUUACAUUUCACAAUUUUGCAAGUUCUGAUGAUUUUGUUGAAGGGUUUAAAAUUAUCUUCAAGAUACUACGACAGUUAGAAAAGUGCUAUCGGUUCACGGUACGAUUAUUUUGUUAGAAAAUAUAUGAUAUCAAUUAUGUUUAACAUUUUUUUAUAAUUAUGACAUUUGCAGGUGUUUGUGGGCAUGUGUACAGUCACAAUAGGCACAUUUCUGUGUGUACCAUCUGUUAUUACAUACGACAAGUCUACGGAUUUCAAUACUUUACGAAUAGUAUGCAUUGUCGGAUGGGUCCUUUUAGGCUGGGUGUAUGAAUACGGAGUUAGCCAACAAACAGAUUUAUUUUGUCGACAGAUAGACAAGACAAAAUUACUCUGCACCUACAUACAACUCAGACCAAGCAGCAGUGAUGCAAUUUUGCAACUGACUAAACGAAUUCUACGGACAUUGGAGUAUCGCGAUCCCCGACUGUCUUUGUACGGAAUGUAUUACUUGAACACUGGCUUGGUGUUACGCAUCGCCGCUUCAAGCUUCGUCUACAUUACAGUUCAAUUGCAGAUUUUGAUUCCAACAAUAGAAGAUAAUCGAACAAACCUAAAUAUCACAGUAGCUUAAUUUUUUUUUGUUAAAAGAUUGUUAUUAAAGUUUGGUUCAAUUAUUUUUCUGCAUCUCUGCCGGUUCCCAUUGAGUAUUAAACAUGCUACAUUUAAAGUUACCAACUUCAUGGCUGUCGUGACUCUAAAUAACAGAAAGUCACGCCUUUCAAUGGUAUUUCUUAAAGGCGUAUACAAAAACUAUCGUUGAUUUGACCUUGACGAUGACACUGCAUGUUGGUCUAAAUAAAUUUCAAUAAGACUAACACGGUGCGUUAAAAUGAUGUGCGUUGCUGCAAGGAUAUAACAUGCAGAAUAGGAAUUUGAAACAUGUGAUCGAGGUGAUAAAACGCCCUAAGAUGGAACACUGAUAAUGGUUAAACCACAGAACAACAACCAUGUCACCCCUCCUACCACGUAUAUAAGUCAAUAAUAAUACUCUGAAACUAUUUUGGAUUGUAAACACAUGUACAAUACUCUGUGGCUUAAUCCUUAUUUAUAA